UGACCGAUCCGUCCAAAAUCAUGUCAUCCCACUGUUUUUUCCUUCCUUCGGUCCUUUUUUCUUGCCCUCCUCGCCCAUAAAUGGAUCCUGUAGAAUAGAAUAGAAUGCCCACAUGACCAGGGGAACUCACUAGCGCAUGAUUCAAAUGGUGAUUGAGUCGGACAUGGGUAAUAGCAAUAGCCCACACUGUUCUUCCCUAGGUUGGGAUCUCCACAACCUUGGAGUUCUCAACGCAGACAUGUCCUUAGUCAUGGGCAGCACCCCGCCCUACUUCUCGGACUUGGACUCGGAUCACGACCUCUCCACGGGAUACCUCGAGGACGCGUUGCUCGAGUUCGGCGACCGGUCGAAGCGGCGCCGGCUCUCGUUCUGCGGCGAGGACCGGGCCGCCAAAGAAUUCGACGAUGACCGUGCGCUGGGCUACUGGAACUCGACUUGCGGAUGGGGCAUCGACGAGAAUUACAAUGGCGCGAGCGAAAUAACUAGUUUCACCAGGCUCUCAGAUGAAAUGGCGAGUUCAAGGAGCAGGGCGAGCGAGGACACUAACUUUUUUCCUGAAGUUAAGACGCAAGAAGACGUCGUGUCGUCGCUGGAUUCCUCCUCGCCGUUCAAAGAGUCGUCGUCACUCACCAAGUCCGGCUCCGACAAAGAAGUCCGGUUCACUCUCGAUGCCAUACCUUCAUCUGAAAUGGGUGCAGGAGGAUGUGGCGGUGAGAAGGUGAGGAGCCAGGAGAGGGUGGUGCUGAGGAGGGUGGUGUACCCGUUCGCGGUGGUGAAGCCCGGCGGCGCCGACGGGGACGUGACGCUGAAUGACAUCAACGAGAGGCUCCUCAUGCCGCCAACCCGGCCGGUCAGGCAUCCGGUCGGGGACUUCGCUUGUCGCCCCUGCGUGUCCCCUCAUGGUCCUGGCCUCUCCGGCAAAGCUGUCGUCGCUCUCACCCGACUCCACACUCAAGGACGAGGCACCAUCACCAUCAUUCGCACCAAAGGUUAAAUUCAUGAACCAAAAAACGAAAGCAAUAUUAGUUGUCGCUACUCAAAAACCAAAGUUGGGGCAAAUAUUUCCGUCACAUUAUCAAUUCGGCUUUCAAACAAAAAUUAUCGAAGACCCGUUUGCAAAAUCGAUUUACAAAUAGACGCGCCAUUUCUUGACGGGUGCUUGAUACGGCAUUCUCCUAGUUAAUCACGUCACUUUGUAAAUCGAUUUCGUGAAUUAGUCUUUAAUAUAUCUUGCGUCGAUUUCUCUCGCGCCGAUUGGCAAUCAGGCGGGAGAGCAAGAUAGACGGAAGUACGUAAAAUGUUUGGUCUGGCUUGAGUUGUGCUUGUACGGUUUGAUGUAUAUUCGACGUAAUGGUUACGUAAUUUUUG